CAGGACAAUGCAUGGGUGGCCGACCCGCUAAACCACUACAGCCUAAGUUCAGUGUCUAAGAAGCACGGGAAGCUGAUCACCUUCUUGCGCUCCUUCAUGAAGUCCAGACCCACCAAGCAGAAGCUGAAGCAGAGGGGCAUCCUCCGGGAGAGGGUGUUCGGCUGCGACCUGGGAGAACAUCUCCUCAACUCAGGACACGAUGUGCCCCAGGUCCUCAAGAGCUGCACCGAGUUCAUCGAGAAACACGGUGUGGUGGACGGCAUCUACCGCCUCUCUGGAAUCGCCUCAAAUAUCCAGAAAUUGCGGCACGAGUUUGACUCUGAGCAGAUCCCCGACCUGACCAAAGAUGUUUACAUCCAGGACAUCCACUGUGUUGGCUCGCUGUGUAAGCUCUACUUCAGAGAGCUGCCCAACCCCCUGCUCACCUACCAGCUCUAUGAGAAAUUCUCUGAGGCCGUAUCAGCGGCGACGGAUGAAGAACGACUCAUCAAAAUCCAUGAUGUCAUCCAGCAGCUUCCUCCGCCGCAUUACAGGACCCUGGAGUUCCUCAUGAGACACCUUUCCCGCCUGGCAACGUUCAGCUACAUCACCAACAUGCACAGCAAGAACCUGGCCAUCGUCUGGGCCCCCAACCUGCUGAGGUCAAAACAGAUUGAAUCUGCGUGCUUCAGCGGCACAGCAGCCUUCAUGGAAGUCAGAAUCCAGUCCGUGGUGGUGGAGUUCAUCCUCAACCACGUGGACGUUCUCUUUAGUGCUAAACUCAGCUCACUGAUACGAGAGGGAGCAGGUCACAACUCGUUGUCACGGCCCAAGUCCCUGCUGGUUUCGUCACCCUCCACAAAACUUCUGAGUCUGGAGGAGGCCCAGGCCAGGACCCAGGCUCAGAUCAACUCUCCGGUCACCGAAGACAGCAAGUACAUCGAGGUGGGCGAAGGUCCAGCCGCCCUGCAGGGCAAGUUCCACACCGUCAUCGAGUUUCCCACCGAGAGGAAGAGGCCUCCUAUUAAAUCCAAGAAGUCUCCUGUGGGGAGUUGGCGUUCUUUCUUCAACCUGGGCAAGUCUUCCUCCAUGUCCAAGCGAAAGCUGCACCGCAAUCCCAGUGAGCCUAACGAGCUAAAGGCUAUGGCUCUCGCUGGAGGCAGAGGAGACACAGCAACAUUAAGAUCAGCCAAAAGUGAAGAGUCACUGAGUUCCCUGCACAAUGUUGAAGGAGAGUCCAAGGUGUACCGUCCCCGGCGGCCACGCUCCAGCAGCGAUGCCCUGUCCGCCUCCUUUAAUGGCGAGCUGCUGGACAGCCGGCAACACUGCAACUCCUACGACAACCUGAACGCCACAGAGGACAGUGACGGAGAUGAUGGUCCCAUCUGCGUGCCUGCUCUCAUCUCACCCCCCCGCUCAGCAGGUGAAGAUGUGGACCUCAGCCCGCCGGAUAUUGGCAUGGCCUCCUUGGACUUUGAUCCUAUGUCUUUCCAGUGCAGCCUCCCCGACACCUCCUACGCCUUCCCCCUAGAUGACUCACUGGCUGGGGCCGGGGCCGGGGCUGGGGCCGGGGCUGGAGCCGGAGCCGAGGCCUCCACGUUAAAGAGGAGCCCCGGCAGCAUCUGUGGCAAAACCAACGGUUCUGACAUUUCUGCCUCCUUCCUGGGCAGCUUGACCACUCCCUUGUUGUCCACAGACUUCAGUCCAGCUGCUGGAGAAAACAUGGAAAGCAAGAAAUUAACCACUUCCUAUUCUUACACUGAUAAACCCACGCAGGCUGUGACACCUAUUAAAUUUGGAAAGGCCACUAGUAUGUUACCUUUUGCCACUUCAGAGCUUUUCUCUACAGAGUUGCCUGACAAAAAUACAACUGGACAGGCUGUCCCUCCACAGCCAUUAUCUCCUCCUGUAAUACCCAAGGACUCUCCUCCCCUGAUGGGCAGUGUGCUGCUGAGGGCAGCCGAGCCGUCGCUGACUGAAGCUUUCCAAAUGGAGCUGCACUCGAAGCUGGCAGCGUUUGACAGCGUGGACAGUCGAGAGCUGAGGGGAGAGGACAGCGAACAGCAGGCACCAGCUGCCAGCAGCCACGAGCUCCAAGGAGUUGUAGCUCUGGACUCUUCAAAGGACCUCACCCUUCAUUCCCUCAGCUCGACAGCUCCCACUUCUGCCCCUCCUCCUCUUCCCCCUCCUAAAAAUGCUGCCCGCAUGUUGGCCCUGGCCCUCGCUGAGUCUGCCCAGCAGGUCUCCAUGCAGUCUCAGUCACGUUCCUCUGAGCCCCCGACACCGGUGUCCUCUCUGCAGUCACAGGAGGCCUCUAACUUCCAGGACUUGCCGCAUCCGCUUCUCCCACAUUUCCAGACUUCCUCCGAAGACAAGGCCAAACGAGGAAGUUCCCCGCCACCAAACAGCACGGCUCCGACGGUCGUCACAGCCCCUACUUGUCCCUCAACUUUCAGUCCUUCAGUCAAAAUGCAGCCGCUAGAGUUAACCAGCCCGGUUACCAAGUCCCCAGACAGUCCCAGGUCCUCUAGAAGUCCACCUAGAACACAGCCACAUGCAGACUCCACCCCUCCAGAUACUCCGCUUUACAAGUGCGCCCCACUUCCUAGUUCAGUCAGCCUGACUUCUCCAACAAGGAAAAGUCCAGAGAGGCAGCAGCCUGUUGCAAGACAGGUCUCAGUCAACACCAGCUCGUCCAGUUCCACUCCAGCCACCACCCCCAGUGGCAGCUGUAAAGACACUGGAGUCUUACCGCAGCCUGUUCCUGAGGUCAAAUCGGAGGACACUGCAACUCCCCCGAUCCUUCUAAAACCAUCAGAACCGCCACCACCGAUAGUUCAGAAGCCCAAAAAGCAGGCCGUCUCACUUCCCCAGCAUCAAACACAAGUUCAGAUACAGCCUCAUCCUCCACCACAUCCCCAGCCACAGCCCCAUACACAGUCUCAGACACAAGUCCAAUCCCAACCUCAGACACUCUCAAAGGCCAGUGCAAGAGUGGCCCCCACCUCUGCUGAGCCUCUUGAGAAGCCUUGGGAGGCCAUUAAGCCAGUACAGCCCUGUACAGAGUCCACAAAGUACCACGACCCCUACGGACCCAAACCUCCAGCCCCUCCUGUACGCACCAUUGAGAGCAAACUGGCCACUGCAGCGCUCAGCCAAAGUGAAACCUCUUAUCACCUCCUGGAUGAGGGCCCUGCGCCUGGCCAUCAGGAGGAUGCUCUGCCUCACCAUCCUCUCUCUCCUCGUAAAUCUUCCAUGCACCAGCCUGCCUACCUGUACCACGCUAAAGGAGAACCAGUUUUAAUUGAACCUCCAGGAGCUGCAUACUACCACCAGAGGCCUGUUGCUCUGGGCCCACAGUCCUUGCCACACCACUACCGGCCAGACAGUGUCCCCACACACCUCUCCUACGUGUCCAAGUCUGAGCCUCAGAUACCUUACAGUGCCAGAGUGGACAACAGAUACAGCACUUUAGGCCCGAGGUCUUACCACCACUCCAUAAAGUCCAGAGGAAACCCCCGCAAUGUGUUCAUGACUCCGGGGCCAGGGCAUCCGGGUUAUAGCCAUGAUAGAACCCACGGCUAUCCCACCAUCCGCAGAGUACACUCACUCCAUGUUCCUUCCACUGUCCGCUCAGUGCCCAUCCAGAGGACUGAGGUUCCUCCAGAUGAUGACAUGUUCUUCUACCACCGGCCCAUCUAUCAGUGCAAAGCCUACCAGCAGCCCCCGCAGCAGUCCUCACAGACCGACUACCACGUCACUCAGCUGCAGCCUUACUUUGAGAACGGGCGGGUCCAGUAUCGCUAUAGCCCAUACUCCGGUUCAAGCCCUUUGGAGGCACCUUACUAUGACAUUGACCCUUACGGCACCAUCCGAAUCCGGCACUUCCACUCCCACGGCAACCGAGAUCCGGGGGCUGCUGCCGGUCGACAGGGUGGAAAAGCGACUGGGUACCACUUCCUUGCUCGCCACGUUCUCCCACCUGGGAAGGAGCACAGCUUCGUGAGCAGGGACAUGCCCCCUAGCCAUGGGACCAAGGAAGCUGCUGCUUACCUCUCAUGGGACCCCGAGGAGUCAGAAAGGCUCCGCGUGCACUCCAUCCGCAGAGAGAGCAGGGCCAGGCAGAGGAUUAAAGGCCCUGUCCUCUCUCAGUACGACAACGUCGGCUUGUUCACACCAGCAGAUAUAUCAGGCUAUGAGACCCUGCACCUGCGCAGUAAAUCUGACCCAGGUAAAGGCGUGCUGAUUGCAGCCGAGAGCAAAGAUGGCCGCUACCUCCCCAGACACAUGGUGUCAGACCCUGACGUCCUCAUGUACAUGGAGACUGACAAGCAUGUCCAGGGCAGUGUAGUGGGUGAAAAGUCUGAUGGACUUGCCAAGCAAAGCAGUUCCAAAAAAUGCCAAUCCUCUCACUCCCUUCCUGCUACUCUGAGCCACAGUCUCUCCCAUCAGCAGGAGAGCGGCCGACACGAGGCCAAGUACGAGACUGGAGACGAUAAGCUGGGUGGAGACGGCAGCAGGUCCAAACACUGGCAGCAGGAGUAUCCCAACAAGAGGAACUUCCAACCACGGUACGAGUGCUCUGAUUCUGACCACCACCAGAGUAAAGUGAAAACAGUAAGCAGCUACCACAGUACAGACGACCAGCCAUCAGCGCCCAGGGAACAACUCACCCGCUCCAAACCAGAGCGAUCACACAGCGUCCGAGAGCAGCAGCACUACAACCAGGGCAAACCUGACCUGGACAGAGACUACUCGUAUCAGAAACACAGCAGUAAAACGGUGCAGUCCCACUAUGAUAACUUGGACGAUUACCACCCAGUACCUCAACCUCAGGCCCCUGUUCAAAAACGUGGAGGCUCCGGCUCCUAUCCCGCCCCAGGAUUCUCGGUGAGCCACAGCAACAGAGCGUACUCCACAGCACUGGGCCAGGGAGCCUUUAUCCAGACUGACCUGGCUCUGCAGAGGCCAGAGACAGAAAUACGUACUGAGUGAAGUGUUGAAGGGGAGAAACGUGUGAAAUUAUCUUUAGCUGUGUUGAAGAAAGACUCUAGUGAGCUCUAGUGAGCAGCCUCUGCAGGACAGUGGACUGUCGUAUCACCAAUAUUUUUGCUCCUCUGUAUUUUUAAUGAAUUGUAAAGAAAAUUGUAAGACUUUUUACAGAAAGUCCUGAAUGUACCUGAAUUUACUGUCCAAGAGGUCAUAUUAUUGUGAUUGAUUGAGACAGUAGUCAUAAAUGUAUAUGAUAUGAAAGACGUAAGGUACUUUCAGCAGGCACCACAAAAAUGUAAAAUAUAUAUAUACAAUAUAUAUAUAUAUAUAUAUAUAAGAAUAGAAUCUGUAGUGAAAAGGGAUUUUUAGUUGUAUUUUGUUGUUUUGUUUUUUUUAGGUGUGGCGCUGGGUAUAAGCAUCAACUUGGAUUAAGGUUUGCAUUUUAGAAAUGCAUGCGGUCUUUAUCUCUUGCAGAACAGUUCUAUGUAGUUCACUAUCCAUUGCGUUCUUUCUGGAUGUUACAGCACAAGCUUUUGAAGGAGUAAACAUGUAGGUCAUCACGCCCUCCCUCAGCCAAUAUGUACACAAGUAGGCGGCACAGUGUGUCCAUGUUUGUCUUGAAGAAUCCAACUGAGCGUGAGGUUUGACAAGGAGCUGCAAUGGGUUACUUUCAGUUAAUAUAGUGGUUAUCAAUGUCUUAUUUUGUCUGUGACUGUGCCAUUUUUACGUAACUUUGCUAUAAACAGAUUUCAAUGACUUCUAAUGGAAUGUUUUGGUACUUGUCUGUUCUUCAGUGGAAGAGGGACCAAAUGACUUGGCGCAGUUGUUGCACAUAAUGGGAUAAAGACGGUGAGGUGGAUGUAUGCGUGCUGUAGCUUUAGAACUGUAAGAGGUUAUUUUUCUUUUCUUUUUUUUUUUCAUCACAUUCAAGGUACUUUCAUGAACUGGACUAACUGAACAAAGCUGAAAACAAAUGUCCUCUCAAACGACGGGGUGAGGAACAUGUUGCCGCUGCUUUGUGAAAAAAACAACGACAACAACUUAGUGACGAGCCUUAAAUUCUGUUCCUACAGACCUUAUUUUGUUUACUGUCAUUGUCAUACAAGCCUGUUUUCAUACUGAACAAACAUUGUGAUAGUUACAUUUAAGAUCACUUUUGAUGAUUCUUGACAGU